GAGAAAUCGAACAAAAGUCAAUGCCCGCUAUUAUAAUUUGACUUGGGAAGAAGUCUUAACGGAAAAUGUUAUGACAAAAUAGAAUUUUUAAACUUGAAAUAUGUCUAUCAAUGUUACUGUUAGUGGAAAUCCAGUUUGUAUUCGUCGAAGAAGAAUGGUGCUGUCGGAUUUAGAUCUAAUUAAACAGAACGAAAGGGAUCGGCGAAGGAGGUUACGCCUCGAACAGGUCAGGCAGCAAUCUAAAGAAAUAUCUAAUAGAUUAUUAGAAAGAGCAAAGAACUUGACACAGAAAGAAUUAUCAAAACUUGAAAAAGAUGGCAAGUCAGAGUUGCGUCAAGCUCAUGAAAGAAAGAUUCUUGAACUACAAUCCAAGUAUCAAGAAGAGAUGGAAGACAUUGGAAUGGCUCAUACUUCAGCAGCAUUACAGGCUGAUGUAUUUGCAACAUUAGAAGCUGAGAAAAAGAAAAAUCGUGCUAUAGCUAUGGAACGUGGAAGAGAGGCAAUGCAACGUACAAAGGAACUGUCAAAGAAGGAAGACCCACAUGUCGCUCAGCAAGAAAGACUUCGUCAAGUGCGGGAAAUUGAAAAUGUAAGAUCCGCUAUGGUUGCAAAUUUACCCAAUAAGGGAAAGAACCCAGCCACAGAUUCCUCUGAUACUGAUGAAAUGGAAGAUAAAGAUUCAAAUAAAUUAAACGAAAGACGCAAAAACUUUCCUAAGGUCCAGCAAAAGAAGCAGACGCAACCCGUCAGUGCGGUAUCCUCAAAAUCGCAAAAGUCAAUGUCACCGUUACGAAAUGUAAUUCAAGAAAAAACACCAUCGUCGCCACAAGCAGGACCAUCCGGCUUACAAAAGCAAAAGCGAACACCAGAACGUGUCCAAUCUAAAGGCGUUACAGAUAUUUCACAGCUUCCACACACUUCGGUUGCAUGCGAUUCCGAUGAACAACAACCUCGUAAAUCGGCACCCUCCGUUAACAGCAUUCUGUCCAAAGCCGAUAAAGUUGCUAGGUACAAUCCGGAUGACUACAAACAGGAUUCUAGUAGCAGUUCUAGUUCAUUGAGUGAUGAUUCCUCGUAUUUCUCUGAUGGCGGCAGUGAACCUCGUAAAACAAAAAAGACACCAAAACAUCACACAUCUAUAGCUAGUAGCAAAGUGCAAGUUUAUGAUCACAGUACUAGACAGAGAAACGCUUAUGAGAGGCCUGUUGGAUUGGUGGAACGAGUGGAUCUUACUAAUGAACCGAAUGCAGAGGACCUAGCACGCGAAGUUCAGGAAUCUGAAAGUGUGGAGACCCAGUUAGCUGAGAGUCGAAGACUUACUGCACAGAGACGUGGCAAUGAUGCCAUCCUUAGAGAACGAGUACGAAGAGAUUAUCAAACUCUUAUCGAGAACAUGGACCACCUCUCUAGGGAAGAGCGUAAAUUACGAGCUAGUCAAAUUCAUAGUCCCCCCACUGAGGAUAUUCAUAUGAGUCAAGCUCGACGUAAAGAAUGCCAAGAAAAACGUCAGCGAAAAAUGGAUAGAGCUUUCGAAGAAAUUAUGCAUGAAACUGCUGAACAUCAUCAUUCGCCUGUAAUUCCUGAAAGAGUUAUAACUCUACCACCUAGAGAGAUUCGAUCUCGUGAGCCAUCUCCAGUAUGGGAGGAUGCGCCAUUUUCUGAGAAGGAUCGUGGAAAGCAAGAGAAUGAAGAAAGUGAACAAUUAUCUCGCGAGGAGCAAAUUUUGGAGAUGCUGAAAAAGGUUGAAAGGCAAAAACGUCUUUUACUGAGAGAAUUUGGCGCUAAUUUACCAAAUGAAGUUUUGAAUGCCAGCCUCAGACCACUGUUUGACGAGCCACAGCCAGGGCCAUCCAGGUCAUUAUCAAGAAAAUCACCUUCGAAGAAAUCUCCACCUAUAAAGCCUCCCUCGCCUGAGAUUAAAGUAAUCAAUCUGUCUAAUCCUGAAGAGUGUUGUAAAAAAGAAAAGAAACAGCAGCCAAGAAAAAUAGAAAUUGCUAUACAGACUUCCACUCUGGAGCAAAUAGGUGCAGCACGUGAUCAGUCUGUCCAGGUUGAGUUAGUACCAGACAAAAAGCCUACCAAGGAAAAUAAUUCGGAGCAAGAGACUUUACCUGGAAGUAGUAGUCAGGAUCCUCAGUCUAGACAUAGUUCUAACAAUCAAGUUAAAGUAUCUCUGGCGAGGCCUGUGCAAGACAGUAGUUCUUCAGGGUCGAUGUUAACGGGAGUAGUGAUUGAUAUUGAUAAAGAAUACGUUCGCGUGACUCCAAAAAAGAAAAAAUGCACAAAGGCAAGACGUUCACCUAGAUUUUUAGCGAAAGCGCAUUCGACACCAUCGAGUAAGACUGGGUCUCCGUCAAAGAGAGCAGCAAGAUCUGCACCAGUAACUCCAAGAAAAACACCUGUGAAGAAAACGUCUUUGAGAAAACGGAUAGAUGCAAGAAUCCAAGUGGAUUCUAGUACGGAGAGUUCACAAGCGUAUCAGACUCCUCCCAAUCAACAGACCCAAGAACGUGUUUCUACUGCAGCUGGACCUGCACCGGGACCUAGCACGACUGCGGGUCCGAUAAGACUAUCAAGACGCAGGUCUGUAAAAAUCAGAGAAACCUCAGACACAUCUACUUCAUAUGCAAGUCCUCCACCAUCAGCUCCCGCUAUGUUGGCAAGACUGUUGAAUAAUAGUACACCUAUACUGGAAUUAUUGGAUUCAUCUUUGGAACGCCCACCUCGAAGACUGGUCAGUCCCGUCUCAUCGCCAGAAACACCAUCCCCAAGGACUAUGAUGUUACCAUCAAAUGUUCCUCGUCCUGAGCAUUUUAACAUGGUUCUACAGUAUACAGGAACUAGCACGACCAGCUCUCAGACUGGUCGUGAAGACCGUUCAACCUUGACAGAGACAAUCUCCACUCAAAAAAAUCAAAUACGGUCACCAGGGCGGGUGAGACGAAAACCGGUGCAAAAACAAAGAUGCACCUGUCGAAAUCCUACUUGCACGCUGAUCCAUGAGAAACUUGAAGCUUAUGACGAGACUAUAAAGAAUUCUCCCGAAAUUCUUAAAAAAUAUGACGAUCUGCAACAUAUGUGCACCGAACGCAUUGCUUCUUUGAGCGAUUUAAUUGAACGUGUUCGUAAUGAUCAAAGAGGAAUGGAAUUUUCUCUAGUGACACCAAGUGAUGAAAGUAGUUUCAUGCAAUUUCCACCAGCGCGACCCAUGCGCAGUGAUCUUUAUAGUGUACGAAGAUUAGUCGACAGUAUUGAAGCUAUUCACAGCCAACUAGCACAAACUCUGAUGGAUUCAGAACGAAUAAUUGCUGGAAAUAAACCACUACAAGCUGCCCAACCUGGUUCUUUCCGAGUGACUAAGGAAUCCACGAGCACCGGUACUGAGGAACCUGAAGCACGUGAACAGAAUACUAAGGAUGAGAAAACUAGAGCAAAACCUAGAGUCAUUAGCGACGAGCCUAUAAAUCUAUCGCCAGGACGAUUGCGCGCAUUAAAAACACCACGUUCUGCACCUAUUGGUGCUGCUGAUGCGCCGUGGCCGACUUCUUCGAGUCCACAUGAAGACAUGGUGAAAAAAUUGUCUAAAGAAAUUUUGGAGCAAAGCAAAAGUCUGAAUAAAUCAGAAGUCAAGGACGAAGGGAUGCAGGCUAAUGAGAAUGAGCAACGAAAGAGUUUGUCGCCGACAAGACCACCUGUUGAUUCUGCUACAGUAGCGCCUUCUGCAGAUGAAAAUUCGAAUCCUGAAAAUAGGCAAAUUUCUUGGAAUUUUACGUCUACUAAGGAAGAAGAGUUUGUGCCUGUGUUAGCUGGAAUACCUAAAGUUUCACGGAGGACUUCAUCUUGUCCUGAAGAAAAUCAACGAUCUUCAAAUGGUAGAGGAAAACCUCCAGUUACCUUAGGUAACAACGGCUACAGAGCAGACAUACUAGUCUCACCCGGUCAUGAUUUAUCAACAAUCGUAGAACUUGAUACACCAGACACAGUUAACAAAAGUCAAAGCUCAGUCAGAAGUCCAACUGGUAAGUCUCGACGUAGCCUGGCGCUGGAUAAUGCGUCACAAUCAGAGACUCCAACUCGUUUAGAAUCCUCAACAAGAAAAUCUGAAGAAUCCCAAGGACGAAAAACAUCCCAAAUAAUAGGAAAAUCAUCCGUGCAUGUGGCGCCCCUGCCGACUGAAAAAUCACCACAAAGAAGUCCGCAGGAUUCCCCACAGAAAAAUAAACAAUCGUCUCCAACAACUAGUCGCCGUAUGUCUGGUGGUGGUUCUGGAGAGUUGAGUAAAUUUGAAUCAACCGAUUCAGAUCGGCCAUUAACUCAAGUGCUAUCAGGUCAGAACAUCCGACAAGGAUCAGAACAGUCUGAUUCAACUAGUGCAGCUAAUCGUGAAAAUAAAAUAACUAGUACAAGUUUCAACAGUUUCUCUGCACUAUCUGGAAUAUCUGAGAUAACUAGUACACCGUCAUCUGAUGUAUUAAAAUAUGCAUCGACACUGGAAGAAAUGGAAGUGACGUUGAAGAAGCUUGGUCUUGGUUGGGCAGCAACAACUCUUAAAAAAACAAGAGAAGCUAGUGCUUUGAGUUCCUCUUCGAAUUCAGAUGUGACACCUAUGAACACUGCCAGAAGAAUGAUGUCUCCAGGACUUAAAUCAGACGUUGGUGGCCUUCCAGAUCUCAGUGAUGUCUCUUCGAUCUCAAUAAAGGAUGCAAGCAAGUCUACUGAUAGAGCUGUGCUUCUUAGAGGAAGAACGUCCACGCCGAACAUUCAAAACUCUAAUUCCUCAUCAGGAAAAUCUAGCUCCUGCACAUCGAACUCUCCAGCUAUUAGUCUACAGGAUGCUAGUGAUAGUCUGACUGCCCCGAACAUAUCACUUACUAGUAAAAAGAAAACUUUUUAAUUCGGAUGUGAUACGACUCCUUUGUCUAAAGACAGAGGUACUAUGCAUAUCAUAUGAUUGUAUAGACAUCGAUUAUUUAGGAAAUUAUAUUUUAUUCUGAGUUGUGGAGUACAAUGAAAAUUAUAUAAAUAUUCAUACUAACUUAAUUAGCUACAUUUAAUAUGGGGUAUAAAGGGUUUUUUUUUUAUAAUAAUAUUAUUCCUUUCGCUGCGAACAUGGAUACAAUUAAAUACACUGUCCGAACCCAGAAUAAAAUGACUUAAAGUGUAUUAAUAGGUAAUUUGUACUAUUAAGAUUGACUUUUAAAAAGUAUUGAGAGUUAUUUGGAUCAGAGGGGAAAGCGGAUCCUAAAAAAUUCUGUUGAUUGACGACGUAAUCUGUUACUGAAUAUACAUAUAUAAUUUUAGCACUUUUAAUUUACAAUUUUAUACACGCUAUUAUUGUGUUUUAUUCCGUGACCUGAAUUUGAUAUAUAAGUUAGUUCAAAAUAA